AUGGAUGCAUCACGGACCACCUUAGAAGAUUGGCUGGACGAGCUUUGUGCUCGCUUCCUGAACAACCUCCCCAAGGAGGAGUUGCAGGAAUUUAGCAGAAUCGGCAUGCAUCUCGAAGAAGCACAAUGGUUCUACGAAGACUUCAUCCGCCCCCAGAACCCCACCACCCUACCCAACCUCCGAAUACGCGAUUUCAGUCUGCGCAUCCUCCAGCAUUGCCCCGUCACCUCCAUUGCUUCGCUCGACAUCCUCGAAAAGGCGUACGACAACUGGGUGGCAUACAAAAAACGUAUACCAGUACGGGGUCUGAUCAUGCUGAACGAAGCCAUGGACUCGGCCGUGCUCGUCAAAGGGUGGAAGUCGAGCGCCAACUGGAGCUUUCCCCGAGGCAAGAUCAACCAGGAGGAAGAUGAUCUUCACUGCGCGAUACGUGAGGUCUACGAAGAGACCGGCUUCAACGUGGAGGAGGCGGGCUUGAUUCCGCACAGCCGGAAGGUCAAGUACUUCGAACAAACAAUCAGAGACCAGCAUCUGCGUCUCUACGUGAUCCCGAACGUACCCAUGGACACCUACUUCGAACCGAGAACAAGGAAAGAGAUCUCCAAGAUCCAAUGGUAUAAGCUGGUUGAUCUUCCUGGACGGGUCAAGAAGAAACAGGCACAAGAUAACGCCACAGGCCCAAAUGCUUCUAAGUUUUACAUGGUAGCGCCUUUCAUGGAACCUUUGAACAGGUGGAUCAAGCAGGAGCUGAAGAAGAAGGAUAAGAUCAGGAGCAGCCGCCGGACUAGCCCUGCUCUGCAAGCCGAGAUCGACGAGAUCAUGACGGAGGAGGAGGGGGCCGCCACGGAAACCAGGACCGACCUGCCUCCACCCUCAGAUGCCAAAGAUCACGUCCACGAGGCUGCUACUCGAGAGCUUCAAAGACUCCUCAAGAUUCAGCCACAGACGCAAGAUCCCCAGCCGGGCCCGCCAGAGCUACCCCAGGAUCGGGGCCAGGCUCUUCUGGCAAUGCUGCAACAGCAGAGGGACGCACCAGGUGACAACCAGGCUGGCAAAGCUCAGACGGGCCAGAUGCAUCAACAGGCCAACAUGUGGCCACAGUUCGCUGCAGGCAUGGCUUUGCCGCAGCAGAAUGUAUCCAACUCUCGUCAGCCGCCGGCCCCUCUGGACAAUACCCGUCAAGCUCUACUUGACGCUUUCAAGAAGGACCCUACGCCGACACAGCAGCCUGCACAGCAGAGUCCAUCUUCGCAACAACGUGUAGAAGGAGUCCAAAGGCCAAAGCAGCAGCUGACAGCGCAGAAUUUGGCCUCCUUGGCGUCGACCUAUCCUCCCGGGCAGCAUGGUUUCCAGUCUGCGCAGAUCCCAACAAAUGGUAGCCCUCAAAUCGCUGCCGCCCAAGCAGCUCUGAGGCCGUCAAACGUGCCAGAAAGCCAGAGAAAUGCACUGCUGGGGAUAUUCAAGCAAGCCGCAACUUCGUCUCCUACACGCCAGGGGGCUCAACUGAACCUGAAGGAGAACAGCUCUCCAAAACCCCAGCAACAGCAUCCUGCUCUCUUCGGCGCAGGCUCACCAGCCGCACAAGUGAACAAUGGGUCGACCCAGGCAAACCUAGGGCUCCCUUAUGGUGCGCCUUACGGGGCUCAGUAUGUUGCGGCUCGUGCUAGGGAAGGUGAUCAGAGGAGCCCACAACCGCCACCACAGCCAGUCCCUGUACCCCAAGCCAUCGAGAAUAUCGGUCGUGUUCCUCACAACACCAUGACUGGCCUGCCUUACAGCAGCACCUCUCAGCUUGGGCAGUCCACAGCACAAGGUGGCAUGCCCUCGCUUCCAAAUAUCAUUCAGCAGCACCAGGCGGCGGAUCCUCAGCAGCUGCAGAAACUCAUGUCUCUGUUCAGCAAACCGUCACCAACACCAACAAGCACGCACGUGCCUCCCCCGAGCGCGUAUCCUCCGGCCCCAGCGAGCAGCAGCAAGGAGCCCGCCUUGUUCAACAUGGGAAGGCUCGCGGCCCAGCUACCCAACACGAGCUCGCAUCUUAUCCCGCAUGGGCCCUCCCAGGGCAUGGACGAAACCACUGGCUCUGCGUCGUCGCGUCGUGGCAGCCAGCAGGCGCCAAUUUCACCUGAGAACGAGAAGUUCCUGCUUAAUUAUCUAAAGACUGUUAGUAGUUCUGCGAAAUAG